UCCGGCCGCGCGCCGCCGCCAGACCGCAUCCGACAGGUGAAGCCCUUAAAGGGCCCGCGGCCCGCUGCUGCCCCCCUGCGCCGGCGGGCCGGGCCGGGCCGGGGCCGCGCCGCAUCGCCGCCCGCGGGGCCCGGCCGCGACCCGCCUUCGCCUUUCCCCCCGGCCCGGCCCCCGCGGGCAGCGCGGCCGGGCUCCCCUCCCCUCCCCUCCCCUCCCCUCCCCUCCGCCCGCCCCAGCGGCGGCGGGGCCCGGCGCGCCGCGACCGCUGCCGGGGGCCGCCCGCCGCCGCCGCCCGCCCGCGGAGCCAUGUGGCGGCGGCGCCGCGCGGCGGGGGCCGGCGGGGCUGCAGCAUGAGCGGCCCCUGCCUGGGGCUGCGCAGGGCCUGCGUGCUGCUCUCCGUGACCGCAGCCGCCCUGCUGCUGCUGCUGCUGCCGCGGGCGCGGCCCCCCGCGGCGCCCCGCCGCCGCCCGCCGCCCGCCGCCGCGCCCGGCCCGUCGCCGCCCGCCGCGGGGCCGCGGGGCGGCGGCAGCGGGGCGGCCGGGCGCCGCGGGGGUCAGUGGCGGGGGCGCCUGGCCCGCUCCCCGCCGGCGCCGCGGGGGGGCGGCCCCGCCGGAGAGGGCCUGGAGCUGGAGGACAUCUUCAUCGCGGUGAAGACGACGAGGAAGUACCACAGGUCGCGGCUGGACUUGCUGCUCCAGACGUGGAUCUCCCGGGCCAGGGGGCAGACAUUUAUAUUCACCGACUGGGAGGAUCGGGAACUACGCCUAAAAGCAGGAGAUCACAUGAUCAACACCAACUGCUCUGCUGUCCACACCCGGCAAGCUCUCUGCUGCAAGAUGUCUGUGGAAUAUGAUAAAUUCCUAGAAUCUGGGCAAAAAUGGUUUUGCCAUGUGGACGAUGAUAACUAUGUGAAUCCACGGACUCUCCUGCGUCUCUUAUCUGCCUUCUCGCACAGCCAGGAUGUUUAUGUUGGGCGACCAAGCCUGGAUCACCCCAUUGAAGCAGCUGACCAUGUUCAAAGUGAUGGAUCAACAACUGUGAAAUUCUGGUUUGCCACCGGUGGAGCAGGGUUCUGUAUCAGCAGAGGUCUUGCCCUGAAGAUGAGUCCCUGGGCCAGCCUAGGUAAUUUCAUCAGUACUGCAGAAAGAGUGCGUCUUCCCGAUGACUGCACUAUUGGCUACAUCAUCGAAGGGCUACUGGAGGUGAAGCUGCUGCACAGCCCGUUAUUCCAUUCACAUCUGGAAAAUCUGCAGAGACUACAAGGCGAGUCUGUGCUGCAACAGGUAACCCUAAGUUAUGGGGACCCUGAGAACAAACACAAUGUUGUGAGUGUGGGAGGAGUGUUUGGCCUGCAGCAAGAUCCAACCCGAUUUAAAUCUGUCCACUGUCUUCUCUAUCCUGACACUAUUUGGUGCCCCACUAAGAAGAUAUCUUAAUCUUUGACCAAUUGUUGGCACUUGUAUCUUACCUACUUGCUUGAGACAGGAGUUGUGAUGAAUUUCUUUUUGUCCCCCUCUGGGGGGGGGGACGGGACAGACAGAAAUACCUACAAAGGAGGGAGACGGACUGUAUUUACAAAAGCAAGACUUUGAUCAGAAAAUGAUGGCAAGAAGGUGUGGUUUGUUCACCUGCUGCCUGGGACAUUUCAGAGAAAAUCUUUUUUCUACUCCUUGCUCUUUGGUCCCUGUAUCUAUCGUGUGAAUCUGUACACAGAUACACAUACUUAGAAUGACAGCAUUGUUACUACUGUUAUGGGCUUUUAGAGGCAGUUGUCUUAAAGCUGGAGUGUUGUAGCAGACUGUAGUCCCCAUGGUGACGAGAGGUGUAGGGGAAGAAUUUUCACUCGUCUUUCUUGGGAACAGAAUUAUGUAAGAGCUUCUGUGGCCUGAUGUAUUAAAUUGUCUCUGCCUGUGGGCCAGAACAGGGUCUGUUUGUAAACACCAGGAAUCCUAGGAUUGCUGGGGUAAACAAGGCUGAAAGCCUUUGCCAUGGAGAAACCCUGUGUAAGAGUAAGCUGGCUCAGGACCACAUAGGAAUUGCUUACAGUGCGUGUUCCCCCCAGUCCGUGAAUGUACCUCCCAUGGAGGUGAUGUCAGACUUGGCUCUCUUACCAGGUGAAUCGUAGUGGCGGUUGAUUAUGAUGGUGGUCUGCCGGGUCCAAAGGUGGCUUAGACUAUUCCCUUGAUAUUUGACACUGAAGAAAUAUUUGUCAGACUAGAUGUUAAUCAUUUCUUCUGCUUUGCCCACAGCAGGUUAUCUGAGCUAGGGCAUGCUCAUUGGUUGAUUUAAAAACUGUUUUUGAAGUCCUGCUGUAUCCUUUGCUGUCUGUGAGGGAAGAGGAACGCUACAUAGCUGUAAUGCCCUGAGGAAAUCUUUUAAUGAUGCAUGAUUUGAGGACCUCUAAUUGUAUGACUGUGGUUCCCCCACUUCAGCUUCUUAAGUAAAUAUUUUGAGGUCUAAGUCUGUGUUUACUUUUACUCUACAUUUUAAUGUUUCAAUAAAUAGUUCAUGCAAUCAAUAAAAGGAGGCUGCACACUUGCACAAAAACAGAAGUUGAAUGCUGCUGCUGCUUUUUAAUUUAAGUUUUUUGUUUUGAAAGUGGAAGAAAGGGGGCUCCAUAUGUUUACUUUUCUAUUAGCUUGAACUUGGCCAUGUGCGCUCCCUACCUGACAUGGUGAAGAAGUGCAUUAAGUUACUUUGCUAAACCACCGUUUAUUCUCACAGACUUUUCAGAAAAUACUUGCUGGUUACUAGCCUUAAGGUCUGAGGCAAAAUUAAGGGAAGAACAACAGAAUUGUAUUGUUAAUCACAGUUCCAGGUUGUACAGCUAAAAUGUCAACCUAGCAGGUUUCAGGUUUCUAAAGUGCUGUGCCCUACCUGUACUGUGGGCUUCAGAUAGUCGCUUAACUUCCUGCCACUUGAAAAGUGAGAUAAUAUAGGUCCUGCAGUGUAUUCAAGUGUGAAGCUUAGCAGAAGUGUCAGCCUUGUAGAAGAUACUGUUCCCUGCACUCAGUAUUUAUACCUUCAUUAACAUGAACCUUUUAGCAUUUAACUGGGCACAUUCUCCUCCCUGUGUGGUUUUAGUUAAUUCCACUGAGGAGUAAACAAACUGACUCCUACUUGCUACAAUCCUGCAGCCAACUCUUAAAUUUCUUCUCUCCUUCAUCCCUAGUAAGGCAGUGCAAACACCAUUCUUUGACCAUGAGAAUGACUGGUUCACUGCAGCACUUUUAUUCCCCUGUCAAAGUCCAGCUAGCACAGUGACUGUUUCAUAACAGGUACAUGUGCAACACUGACACCUGUUACAGAGGAUAGAGUGCGACUUGUGGAAUAGUUGGCUGUGGGAUGUUCUACCUCUCCAUUAGGUCUUCUUCUCACUAGAACUGAGGUGUCCUGUGGUUUUAUAAUUUGUUAUUAAUAGCCGUGGAGAUUUCUGGUAUCCAUAUAAAUACCAUUGCUUUUUAAAACAUUUGUUAGGUUCUUGUUUUCAGCCUCCUACGACAGAAAGCUGUAAAGCUUCAUGAGCUCUUAAGUUUAUCCCCAGAUGGAUUUUGAACUCUUCUGUUGGAGCUUCUCUUCCACUGAGAGCAGCCUCUUGUCAGAUCCUGCAGACAGUAUGGAACAAGCAGUAAUCAUUGCUGCAAACUGCAGUUCAAAACCAAUACCACUUCAUGCUGAUGGCAGCAAAAUUGAAUUGUAGACGUUUCACACACUGCGUAUUCACUAAUCAUCCUAAAUUGAGUAUGCUGCCUAUUUGGCAUACCUACUGCUCACAGGGUGUUUAUUAAGCUGAAAAAGGACCACAUUCUUUGGCAUGGCAAUACAGAGCCGUUCAAUGUGUUCAAGCUUCUUUUAAGACUUCUAAGUGUUGACAGUACAGUAGGCUUUAUGGAUAUAUCAAGAUGGAGCUUUCAAUUAAACUGAUGUCUCAUACAGAAAUGAUUCUAUAAAAUAAAUAUUUACAUAUGUGAAAA